AUGACGAUAACUUCAACGUAUCGGAACGGUCCCGCCAGGGGACAGGACCCGAGGGGUGCGGUCGGCCCGCGCACUUCUAGUUCCGCGGGUCGCCGUAUUCUCUCUCCGGGCACCGCGACAUCCUUCCGCCCGACGAUUCUCGCGCAGCCAAUCGCGGAAGACAUGGUGCUGCCCCAGCCCUCCGACGCGACUGGUUACUCCUCCCUACCCGCUUCCCUCUCUGGCGCGGGGAGCCUCCUGCUGCAGCAGGCUGCUGCUGCGGCGGCGGCUGGAGCGCGCACGGGGCCGUCGAAACGGGUGCAGCCCUUGGCGCAGCAGCAAGUGGAGGGGAAGCAAGCUGCUCCGGACAACACUGGCCUGGCCCCCACGGAUUUCAACCCAGGGAUUAUCGCGUCGAUCAACCUUCAGAGCAACAAGCAGCAUCAGCAGCAGCGACUGCAGCAGCAGCAGGAGCAGCAGCAGCAGCAGCAGUCGUCCACGUCAGCACCCAACACUCCAACCAAGAGGAAAUCGUCGCAACCGCCUCCCGCGUCCUCGUCGCUUCUUACCACGCAGGUCAAGACCCAGACCUCGCAGAUCCCCCGGCCAGGUUCGGGAGGUCGCCGAGCCGCCGGCUUCUCUCGCUCCGAUUGGCUCCCGCGAUCCGAGUCCCUCACGCGCUACUCCCGCCGCGCCAACGCCGCCGCGUCUACCGCCGGAGCGAGCGCGGGGAAAGAGGAGGGCAAGAGCAGCAGCGGGAGCGGGAGCGGCAGCGGCAGCGGCAGUCACGGCGGCAGCCACGGCAGCAGUGGCGGAGCUGGCGGAAAGACAUCCGCGGGGUCCGGCGCGGAAAGCGGAACGGACGACGAGCUCCCCCGAUCGGAUUCCCUUCCGCGCAUUCUCAAUGCGGUCGCGAACCGGCUCACUGGCGGGCGCGCGCACCACGGGAGCUCGCGCGCGCAGCACGCUGCGGAGAGCGGAAGCGGGAGCGGGAGCGGCGGAGGUGGCGGAAGUAGCACCGGCGGAAGCGCUGGCGCUCUUAGCGCCGGUGGCGGCGGCAAUGGCGGCGGUGGCGGAGGAGUCAGUUCGAGCGCGACCCCGAUCCCAACCGGACUGGGAUCACCCGCGUCAAAAGCCAAGGGACCCAAGUGGACGCUCAGCAGUCUGGGCAGGGACCCCAAGGCGGACAUGGAGGCGUACCGCCAGCGGGCGGAGGCAGCGGACCGCAGUUUGAACGCCGCCACGGCGGACAUCAGGCGCCUCGAGGCGCUUCUCGAGAAGAAGCAGAAGGAGAUCGGCGAGCGGGAGCUGCUGUACAGGAGCUGCGAGAAGGCGCUGGGGGAGCUCGAGAGCAAGAACAGCGAGCUGCGCAGGAUCCGUGCCGGCCGGGUUGGCCCUUUUAUUAUUCUGUGUUUCUCCUUGCUCUUUCGUUUCUCGUCUGCCCUCCCUGCCUCCCAUGCGCACCUUCGUGCUUCGCCCUUGGCUUCCCUUCUCUUCCCCUCGCCGACUAACCGCGUCCAUUCGUGCACCUACUUGCUUGUGCUGCUUCUUCCUCCCACAUCUUGCCCUUCCCUUCCCCCCCGCCUCUCCCCCUCCCUCCUUCCCUUCCCCCCUCCUUCCCUCCUCCCCCUCUCCCCACUGUUUCCCGUUUUCACCCGCCCUCCCCUUGCCCCCGCCCCUCCCCGCCCCCUCCCCCCGCGUCCUUUACCUCCCCGCGCGCGCAGCGAGGUGCGGCGCCUGGAGAAGGUGGCGGAGGGCGCGCAGGCGGACGCGGAGCAGCUGCGCAUGGGGCUAGAAGCCAUGGAGCGGGAGGGGCGCAACCUCAAGAAAACCCUCUCCACUCUCACCAAGGAGCGCGACGCUCUUAAAGCCGGGCUCGACCGCGCCAUGCUGGAGCAGGAGCGGCUGCUUAAAGCCCUGACCAUGAGCUGCAGUGAGCUGGAGGAGUUGCGGGAAGAGGUGGCUUGUAUGAAGCGGCAGGAGGAGGAAUUGAGGCAGGAAGUGCAGGAGGAGCGGACGGAAAGGGAGAGGAUUCAGGAGGAUUUACUGGUUGAGAUGGAAGAGGUGAGGCAGGCUAAGAGGGGACUUGAGGAAAGUCUGAGGCGCGCGGAGGAGGAGCGCGAUGAGCUGCGCGCGGUGGCGGAGAAGGCGGCGAGUGCGGCGGAGGGAGCGAGAGCGGGGAGUGGUGCGGAUGGGGAUGCGGACGGGUGGGCGAAGGGAGGGAGGGAGUGGGGAAGGGGAGAGGUUAGGAGGGGGGAGGUUCAGGAUGACGAGGAGGAGGAGGAGGGUGGGUGGAAGGAGAGUGGUGCCGGCGCUGGCGCUGGUGGUGGUGGUGGGGCGGAGUGGAAGGAAAAGGCAGAAGCGCUGAUGCAGCUUCUGAGGGAGAAGGAGGCGCAGUGGGAGCUAGACCUGAUGAUCGAGCGCGGGGAGGUUGAGAAGAUUCGGCAGCGGGAGCUGCAGAGGGAAGCGGAGAGAGAGGCUGAGCGGCGGAGGGAUCUGGAGCUUGUGAAAGAGCGCGAGGAGGAGAUUCGGAGGCUGAUUGAGCGGGAGAAGGAGAGGGAGCGGGAGGUGCUGCAGGGGCAGGCGAGGAUUGGGGGGGUGGAGCGGAAGCGGGAGGAGGAGAAGGCGAGGGAGCGGGAGAGGGAGGUGCAGAGGGAGAGGGAGAAACAGGCGGAGAGGGAGAGGGAGAGGAAGCGGCAGAGGGAGCGGGUUGAGGAGAGGGAGAGGGAGAGGCAGAGGGAGAAGGAGAGGGCUGAGGAGAGGAUUCGAGAGGCGCAGAGAGAGAAGGAGAGGGCUGAGGAGAGGGAGAGGGAGAGGGAGAGAGAGAGGGAGCGAGCGGAGGAGGUCGAGAGGCAGAGGGUGAGGGAGAAGGAGCGGGAGCAGGAGAGAGCGCGUGAGAAGAAGCGACAGGCGGAGAAGAAGAGAGAGGAAGAGAGGCAGCUUCAGAUUCAGAGGGAGAGGGAGGAGGAGAAGAAGCAGCGGGCUGAGGAGAGGGAGAGGGAGAUUCGGCGGGAGCAGGAGCGGCAGGAGGAGAGAGAGCGGGAGAGGGUGCGUAUUCAAGAGCUGGAGCGUCUAUGGGAGAAAGAGCAGGCAGCCAAUCAGGAGAGGGAGGUGCUUCGAGAGAAGGAGAGGGAGAGGGAACGGGAGAAGGAGCGAGAGCGGGCGCAGGAGAGGGAGAUGGAGAAGCAGCGGGAGAAGGAGCGCGAGAGGCUGCGAGUCGCGGAGCAGCGGCGGGAGGAGGAGCGGGAGAAGGAGCGGGAGGACAUGCGGAAGCAGCAGGACGAGUGGCAGAAGGAGAAGGAGCAAAUGACAGACGAGAUGCACGGGCUGCACGCGCAGCUGCUCGCCGCGCGCAGGGAGCUCGCCACGGCACGCCAGCAGAGCAACGACCGCUGCAAGGCGCUAAACGACGAGCUGGACGAGCUUAAAACGCGGAUGGUGGCGGUGGAGGCGGAGAACAAGCGCGUGAAGGCGGAGAAGGAGAGCAUGGGGGAGGUGCUGGGCGAGGCGGAGUACGAGCGGGAUGCGUUCAAGCUCGCGCUCGAGCACUCCAAUCUCGAGCACAAGCUGCUCUCGCACGCGCUGGUCAGCUAUCUCUCCCCAACGUUGCUUGCUCUCGCUCUCUUUCUCUCCGCCUCUUGUUCUCCUCUGCUUCACUUGCUCGUGCUGCUCGAGCACUCCAAUCUCGAGCACAAGCUGCUGUCCCACGCGCUGCUCAGUCAGUCAGUCGCUUUCCAAGCUGACUUUCUCCUCUCUACGCCUUUCACUGUUGCUCUUCUCUUGCUCUCCCGUCCUUUCGUGUAUUCGUGUCCCACGCAUCGCCUCAUCGCCUUUCUAUCCACUCGUCUUUUCUUCCCCUCUCUUCUGCUCUCGCUCCUGCUCGUCCAAUCCCCCUGUGCCGCGCGUCACCCACAACAGAAGUCCAACGGCUCCCACGCCAUUCAGAACCUUCACGGCGAGCUCUCUGCGGCUCAGGCGUCAGUGCGAGCCCUGCAGUCAACAGUGGAGGUCAUGCAGCAACAGAUGCGCAAGUCGUCAUCUGAGAGCGCGUCGCUGCUGGAGGAACUGACGGACCUUAAGGCGCUGCGACUCACAGAGGUCACCCAGGGCUCAUGGUCCUGGCAGCAUGGGAGGCCCGAGAUGGGACUACUUGCCACAAGGGAACCUCGUUGCUCGACCAGGUGGCCCACCUGCAGAUCACACUCUCAUCCCACCUUCCUCCGCCAAACCUCCCCUCCCUCUCCUCCCUGCAUCCCCCUUGUCUGCAUUCACUUCCCACUUCCCCCAUGGCAGCAUAAGGACCAUGUGGCCCACCUGCAGAGCACGCUCUCAUCGCUCCGCCACGCAUUGGACAAGGAGAGAGACACCAACACGCGCCUGCUGCGCACCCUGCAGGAGGCGGAGAAGGCUGCUGUGGAAGUGGCUACAGACGCACAGGGCAUGAGCACGCAUGCGCACAAGCUCAUGCGUCUCGCUGCCGGACACAAGGACCGCCUCGGCAAGGCUGCCGCUGCUGCCGCUGCUGUUUCUGCUGGGAAUGCUGCUGCUGCCGCUGCCGCUGCUGCGGCUGCUGCUGCUGCUGCUGGUGCUGGUAACGGCAAGUGA